AUGACUCGGAGACAGAAAUCAAGACCUCAUAUACCUGACUUUGGACAACAAUUAAACACAACACAAGGAUCAAUUAUAGAUCUUACAGAUGACAACUCAUUACUAUCAAAUCAUUCAUUUGGACACACUGAUGGUACUGAAAUAACAAGACCUAUAGAAGAAGAUGAAUGUUGUUUUUUAUUGCAAAUUUACAACGUAGUUUCAAGCACAUUCAUGUUUCUACUAUUAAAUACCGUAUACGGAGUAGUUUUUGGUAUUAUAUUAUUUCCUACUCAUGAUCACAAUAACAACAGUAACGAGAAAUUAUUUGGAGCUUAUAAAUAUAUUGGAAUGUCAAUGUUUUUUACGAGAGCGGAAACAAUUGAAGAACAUAUUGCAUCGGAAAAAUCUGAUUAUCAUAAUGUGGUUUACACAAUAUUAUUUGCUUACGCUCUAAGUACCAUACUAACUGGCGUAGGGUUUUUAUUAUUUGUACGAUUCAAGCACAUUUAUAAUGGAGUACUCGGUAGUAUCGGCAUUUACUUAGUUUGGACUGCUAUAAAGAUUUCAGUACAAAAUUCCGAGUCCUUUGAUUAUAACUAUAGAGUAUUUUUUCAUAAGAACAAUUUAUUAUUAUUUGCUUUGGCCUCCAUUUUGGCAUCAAGUCUUGCAGUCUUUAUUAGACACGAAGCUAAAAAUAAUUAU